GAUUCGUCGGGAUGGUGCGCUUCUCGUACCCCGAGCCCUACGUCAACGAGCCAAGCAUCCGCAGGCUCUGGUUCCUGAUAGAGCAACGAAAGAGAUUCGCCAUGCAGAACGUGUACUUCACCGACUGCGGUCUUCGCCACAUGCACGAAUACCGCUUCAUCGUGCACAUUGAUCCCGACGAAAUCCCGAUGCUGCGCCAACAUGACACCUUCCCGCAGUGGCUCUCCGAUCAGCUGGAAAGCCACCCCAUCAAGCCCGGCCAGGAGAAAAGACAGCCUCCUGCUCACAAGUUGAUCUGGUACUACCACCAGAAAAACCUAGAACCUGCACCCUCUGCGGCAUCUCUCCCUGAGUACCUGUGGGCGAUGCGACACACCAAGAGGUCACUGGAAAAAAUGGUAGUGUCACCUGGAAAGACCAAACCUGUUUACGAUAUGGACUUGGCUACGGGUCUCUUUUCACAUGAUGUUCUCGCUUGUGCCUAUGGAAAGUGCGAGAGAGGUUCUCAUACAUACAAAAGGGACGUAGCUUACCUCGCGCACUUCAGGUACGACUGUCAAGAUUUUUGCAAGCAACCCAACUCCACCGUGGACGAAACAAUGCUUCUGAAAUACAAGGACCAAGUUCUCCCUGCUGUUACGAAAGUUCUCAAGGAUCUUCAGCUGAUUUAGUGUCUCCCCCUAUAUUCAAAAAUGGAACGAGUGUAUACGGUAAGAGCGAUGUGGCAUCAGAAGAACUUCUGAAAAAAGUGACAUCAGUGUGUGUCGCAAGAUAGUAAUUACCGCAGAAGUUCUGUUUAGGAGCAAAUUGAAAUUAUUCCUAUAUAAAAGAGCAUUCAAUGUUUAAUUUUACUUAGAGACUCUUUGAUGAAAUUAAUUUCUUAUCGAAUUUAUGAAAAAACGGAUACCUCAA